AUUUAAUGACAUGUGAGGAAGAUAGUCUUGGGAAAAGUGAGCCGGCAGAUGUAACUCAAUAUCAAACCACUUGUCAGCAAGAACCCAAGCUGCCUUGUGUUGGGACUCUUCCACCGUGGGAAUCCAAGAAAUGAAAACCAUCCCACUGCACUGAUUUGGUGUCAUCGCAGCUUCCCCAGAGCAGAAACAUGCCAAUUUCCUUUUUCAACACAAAUGACUGAUGAGAAACAAGGGCUACUUUUUUCCCUGUUCUUUAUUCGGACAUUCGGAGAAGAAGUUUGAUGGCGACGUCAGCUUGUGAAUGAUUUUCCUGUCAUCGUUUGAUUUAGUUCAAAUUCGAUCUUCGCUUGGAGGGAGAACGUCCGAUACUUCAUCUCACGUGUUGAUGGUUUUGUUUUUGCUGUUGUGGAGACAAAAGGUAAGUGAAUGGAGGGAGGGUUUAUCUUUGCCUUGUGGUGAUUGAAGAGUGAGGUCAAAAGUGUUAAGUAGGUCAAAUAAUUAAUUUAUGGUGAGUUAUUGUGAUUUUUAUCGGUGAAUGCAAGCUGAUGCAGAGUAACACAGAACCCUCUCCAAGGUGUGUAUUAUUUUCCUUAUUUAUGCCCUUAUUUUGAAUUUAUUAUCACUAAUUUGUGCAAAGAUAUAUCCCAGAUUCAGAAUGAAAAAGCUGUGUAACCAAACUAAAAUAAAAACUCAAAGUGAGUAACUAGAGAACAGUGCUGAAGACUUGACUUUGCUGGCCCACAUAAUAUGUCCCUGCAGACAAGGUGGCCUUGUUUUAACAAAUUAGAUUAAAAUCUCUCUUGGGAUCAGAAUCCUCGUUCUUUCUUUUCAUCAACUCAGAUAUCCAAGUUACAGGUACAGGUUGAGUCAAUAUAGGACCCAACGAUUUAUAACUUGAGCAUGACAUUGUGGUCAAUACAAUUCAUUUGAUAUCUUUCAUUGUCCCCAUUUGUUCUUAAAAGCUUCCUCUCAGGCGUAGUUUAGCACCAGGUUUAUCGUUCUAUGUUAGUCAUCGAGUGUUUUGUAUUGUUGCUUGGAAAUGAAGUUUGAGUGAGUUCGAGUUUGAGGAGAGGCCAGUGAAAAUGAGUCAGAUCUAUUUACAUAUUUAAAUAUUUUUCCACACCAUUGUUUAGUAAUGUUGCUUAAGAGCUCAAAGUUUUAUAUACCGGCCUUUCGUGUUGAACUGACAGCUUGUUAACUUCAGCCCUCUCAAACCAGCCAUUAUGAAAUGGGAGAAGUUAAAGCCCCCAGAGCCUGAUGAUCCUAUGUGUUGCUGUGAGUGUGAUAUCGACCCGUGUGGAUGUUGCUGUGACUGUGAGGAUCUGGAUGAAGCCUUUACCAGGUAUGAAUGGCUUUAGUUAAAAAGUUUUGCAUGAAUAUUGCAAAAAUAUUGUUUUAUCUGUUAAAAGGGGUAAUUAUGUAGCUCUAUGUAUCAGUGUGUUUGUUUGAAUGGUUCCCAAGUAAGAACCAGUGUGGUAAGAGGCAAACUGGGGGGAACAGUCGUCUGCUCCAGAGUCCUUUAGAUCAGUGGUUCUCUACUGGUCUCACUCUGGGACCCACAUUUUCCCAUGGUCCUGAAGUUGUGACCCAUUUUUAAAGACUUCAAACUAAGCAAAUUUAUCUUUUAUUAAAAAAACUUUAAAGACUCAAAUCCGUAACAAAAAAUAUACCCAUUUUAUUGAGUAAAGUGCGUUUCAGAGCACAUGAACUGAGAACGACAACUACUAAAGUUGCAUAUACAGAAAAUAUCAAAUACAUACCAAAUUGCACCAAUAAGCUAUUUGAGCAGAUUUGCGUUACAUAUUAACUUUUUUGACCAGCUGUUUGCGACCCAUCCAGAAUGUGUCCGCAACCCACUUUUGGGUCAGGACCUACUAGUAGAGAACCACUGCUUUAGAUGACCCUUGGCCCCAUGUUGUGAUCCAGUGAAGUACUUUGAUUUACAGCAGUUUGUUCAAUUAUAACAGUAGAGUGGGCAACAGCCAACCUCAAACAGCCACUUGUUUUUCUUCCUUUAAUUAGCUCACUCACAUAAAAUAGGUUUAAUAUGAUCUUUGCUUUCCUAAGUGUGUGCACAGUUAGCUUGAUUUUUUUUUUUUUUUUUUUACCCUCAGACAGAGUCAGACUAACCCUUUCCUUGUUUUGGGGGUUGAUGCUAGCUCUGCUUACUGUUGCUGGGUAACAGACAUAAGUGAGUGGCAACUUUGUAAUUCAAGUAAAUGGCAAAAAUGGAAAAAGUUUAAAUUUUAAACUCUUCUCUGGUUGUUAAAUUAUCAGAUAAUGUCAAUCUUUGAUUCGGGAAAGUAUAGCAAAACCUGGGUUUGCAUCUCUGAUUUUAGACUUUAGACUAUAUUUAGUAUAUGUGAGUAUAAAAACAAAUAAAGAUCUCAUUACUCUCCACAAAUGAAAAAGCAACUACAUUAGCCACCUCCAUAACUUCAUGUUUACUAUUCUCUGCAGGUGGCUGAAGGACAGACCAACUAAACAUGGAUGUCAGUCUCCUGUACUUGCAGCUAUAACUGACAGGCUGGAGAUUUCCAUGAUCCCAGCUCUGUUGCUUCUCCCUUUAUUGUUGCGGGUCGCAGCGCUGCACUACCUGCUGGGUAUCACCAUCCUGACGACUCUGCCAGGUCUGGUGCUGUGGUACUACUACGCCACACACCGGAGGAAGAGGCGCACCCUCUUCUUCCUCACUCUUGCGUUGUACUCCCUGUUCUACAUGUACUACCUCUUCAUCACAGAGAUUUUACCACGUGGGGAUAUCAGCCAGACACAGCUGUUCACUGCCAGCACUGGGAUGCUUCUCACUCUUGUUUCUCUUAUUCACACUAAGAGGGGACCUGGAUUUGUGACAGCUUCCGUGUAUGAAGCACAUAAACACAGUCUGGAAACCAGUAAGGACUCCACAUACCUUAAUGGAUCCACCCAAUCAGCAGCUCCCCCCUCAGGUAAAGCUGGAGAGCCAGAGAUGACAAAAAAGGCUCCUACAGCUAAAUGGAGCAAGUGUUCGGUGUGUAAAAUAAUGCGACCCCCGAGGGCUGGACACUGUCGAACCUGUGGAUCCUGUGUCCAGCGCUUGGACCACCAUUGUGUCUGGUGGGUUGGACUGUGCAUUGAGUAUUUGUAUUUCUUGUGUGUCUUGUGAAUCAACUAUUACUCAGUUUUGGUUGUUAGUGAUGUUCAAAAAGUUAAAAAAAAAAGCAACAACAGCAGGCUGGGCCACAGCUGAGCUUAGAUAUGAUCAGGUGCCCUUUGGGGGAGGUGGUCUUGUCUAUUUCUGACCUUCUGUCCUUUUACGCAUGUCACUCUCACCCACUUACUCCCCCCAUUUUAUUUUAUUAUUUUAUCCUCAGAUCUGUUUCAAUUUAGUCAUAAAAGGCACAAAAAGUGCUCUGAAAUGAAGACACAGAGCAGGUUUGGGAGUAAAUGCUCCAUCUAUACUUUGUUUUCAUCUUCAGUACCAGUUGGUUGGUGAGUUCAGGCAAAGUUUCACCCACAUAAAGUACAUGUAGAGGAUCUAAAGUCUGAAUAAGUAGAGAAGGUUAAAAUUAACCAUUACGUUGCACACACAUUGGCCAUUUAAGAGGCACUUUGUAAAAAAUCACAAACCCAAUAAACAGUGGUGAACAUGUAAUUGUAGCUCAACAACUGUUAAAAGUUUUUGGGACCUGAACAGUAAAUUGAAGUAAGUAAGUAAAUUGAAAAAAAAAAGGUUUUAACUAGUAACACCACGGGCUAAAACAAAAGCUUUAAUGUGUGGUGUACAGGAAAUUUUAAACUGACAUUUAAAACAUUUUGACGGCUUGAUUUUUUUUUUUCCAAGAAUAAAACGAAACAAAACAAACAGCAAAUCUAUCUACAACUCUUUACUUUAACAUGGCUCAUUUAACAGGUAUAUAUAUAUAUAUAGUCUGAAGUCUGAGAGUUAAUUUUUUUUUUUUUGUGUGUGUGUGUGUGUGUGUGUGUCUGUGUGUGUUUUGUUGGCAUGUGUCGCUGUAGGAUAAACAGCUGUGUUGGACAGGCUAACCAUCGCAGCUUCCUGCUGACCCUCUGUGUGUUCGUGUUGACCUCUCUGUAUGGGAUCAGUUUGGUGCUUUGCAGCAUUUGUCCUCGACAGUAUCUCAUGCUGUCUCUCCUCUACUGCCCAGGUGUUUACAGCCAGCCCAGGUACAACUCUGAUUUAUAUCCUGAAGAGUAGAAUAGAGGCAGACAUCAAAAGUCAUGUAAUUCAGCAUUAUGUACUUCCCUAUUUUUGGCCAUUAUAUCCUGUCAUCAAAUAUUGUCUGCCAUAGAUUAGUGGAUCAGUUUUGAAACAUUUAAGUUCAAUAAAAUUACUGAUAUGUUGCUAAAUGGUUAAAUAGUUUUAAGGAUUCUUGUGGGCCAUGUCUCACAAGUCUUUUCUCCACAAAGUGAUGAAAAAUCAGCAGCUAAUCUCACAUUUAGUUUCAUCAGUUCAGUUUUGUAAUACUGUAAUUUCUGUUUGCAGCACAGCGCUCUGCUUCACCUGUGCAUGGUACAGCAGCAUCGUCACAGGUGGACUGCUUUAUUUACUGUUGGCUCAGGUUCUGAACAUCAGCUUCAAUGUGACAGAGCGGGAGGCUCUGCUGGCUCUGAGAAACAAAACGGGCCAGAGCCGCCUGUGGGGGCUCAUCAUCGACACGAGGGAGUACUCACGUGGCUUUUACCAGAACUGGGUUGAGUUUCUCACCAUGGCAGAUGCCUUGAUUUCUCCUCGCUCCAGCCACGCUGACUUGGUCUAGUUUUGUUUUACAUUCAGUACCAGCAUCUGGUAACAGACGGUAGCUUUAGCAUGUCUGAAGUGUUCAUGUUGUGUUUUUUAAAGGUAUAUAAAUCAGUUUGUGACUUACAACGGUCCUUUUUAUCCAAACUGUUCAAACGAUUAAUUUCAAACUGUCCAACUGUUAAAAAAUAAUAACAAUAAUACAGAAGUAUCACGUCGCUUAUGCCUGCUUAAGAUACUACAUAAUAGUAUUUGUUUGGAAUUUGUUGCACUGUGAUCUGUCCUAGUAAAAUACUCCACUGAUGUUAGAGUUACUACUGUAUAUAUUUGUAAAUUACAUAUCCUGUUUUAGUUUUGUAAUCAAUUCCUUAUUUUAGAUGGGAUUUUUUUUUUUUUUGGCAUUACAUAUGAGGUAACUGGCAUGAAAAAAAAUGGCACAAACAAGUAGAGCACUGCAUCUGACCUCUGAGAAUCAGUCGUGGAGUAAAGUCAUAACUAUAUGGAAAAGCUUCAGUCAUCUUUUUUCUUAUAACUAAUGCAAUCUUCCUGCAUUUAUAUAAUAUUUUCUCUACAGCGCUCUGUGUUAUUGAUUUUUUUUAGUGUAAUGGUUUUUGCACAUCACUGUCUUAUCGAGCUGGCGGGGCUCAUUUUACACUGUCCAGAGCUUCACAUUUUAAAAGGCAGUGACUGUUUACAACUGUGAUUUAUUUGUUUAUUUAUAUUUAGCUUCAGGCAAUAAUUGUUGUCACUGUUGUUAUACAUUGUAUGUAUAAAAGUUAAUCUCUUUCCUCCUAUGGAGCAUAAAUGAAGCAAACUACACAAUGUUUGUACUUUGCAAUGAAGACCAGA